AUGGCGGUUGAGGUUGUGGGAUUUGAGACGGUUCAAGGGCCAGCGGAGAAUAGUGCUGAAGAAGACAAACCUCUUACUCAAGAAAUUGAAAAUGGGAAAUUGGAACAAGAGACAGGAGUCGCUGACGCUAUAACAUUUGAGUCAAAUGGAGAUGAAUCUGCUAAACCAGAAGCGGUAGUUGUCCCAGAUUCUAAAGUUGUACCAGAUUCUCAAGUUGUCCCAGAUUCUAAUGCUGUUCCAGAUUCUAAUGUCCCUAAAGAUGCAGUUGAAGACUGGCCUGCGCCAAAGCAGAUACUUUCUUUUUAUUUUGUUAGGUUCCGACCUUAUGAUGAUCCAAUCAUCAAAGCUAAUCUUGAAAAGCUUGAUAAAGAGAUGAGCCAGAAAAAUCAAGCCCGAAUUCUGGUCACUGAUGCUUUAAGGGCAAAAAGGUCAGAACGAGCAGAGUUGAUUUCUCAGAUUAAGUCUCUAAGAGAUGACAAUAAGCAAUAUCAGAGUAUUGUCGAUGAAAAAAUAAAAGAGAUUGAACCUCUGCAACAGGCAUUGGGCAAACUGCGUACUACAAAUAAUUCCGGCCGGGGUGGUGGAUUAUGCUCAUCUGAGGAGGAACUUAACAAUCUUAUUAAUAGCCUGCAAUUCCACAUACAACAUGAAAGCAUUCCGUUGGCUGAAGAAAAACAAAUCCUUCGAGAAAUCAAACAGCUCGAGGGGACAAGGGAGAAGGUUAUUGCUAAUGCUACCAUGAGAGCCAAACUACAAGAUUCUAUGGGGCAGAAAGAAGCCAUUCAAGAUCAGGUUAAGCUUAUAGGUGGUGAUUUGGAUGGAGCUAAAAAAGAGAGGCAAAUAAUUCGGUCCAAAAUCAAACAACUUGAUGAUGCAGUAAAAGCCUUAGACAAGGAUAUCCAGUCUUUACAGGAGGAACUUGGAGCUGUUACUGAAAAGAGGGAUAAAGCCUAUGAGAACAUUCAGCAGCUAAGAAAACAACGUGAUCAGGGGAACUCUUAUUUCUACCAAAGUCGUACAAUUUUGAACAAAGCACGGGAGCUUGCUGCAAAGAAAGAUAUUAAUGCACUUGAGGAAUUUGUACAAACUGAGGUUGAGAAAGCUAUGUCACUCUGGAACAGUGACAAAUCCUUUAGGGAUGACUAUGAGAAAAGACUUUUGCCAUCACUGGACAUGCGACAGUUGAGUAGAGAUGGACGGAUGAGGAACCCAGAUGAAAAGCCACUGCUGGAAGAUCCGAAACCCGCUGAAACUGUUAUAUUGCCGAAAAACAGUGUGAAACGGUCAAAGGAGGAGCCUUUAUCAGCUUCACAAGAAUCUAUGCCCGAGCAGAAGGUUCAGAAAGAAAACCAAAAGAAAGGAAAAAUUUUAAAAUCCAAUGUGGACAAUCAGGUUUUAGAAGAAGCUGAUAAAUAUGAAUUUGAAAUGCCAAAAGAGACUACUGUUAAGGAGCCUCCAAUUGAUCCAGAAAAGCUGAAAGAGAUUAAAAGAGAAGAGGAAAUCACAAAAGCAAAGCAGGCAUUGGAAAGGAAGAAAAAACUGGCAGAGAAAGCUGCAGCCAAAGCAGCUAUCAGAGCACAAAAGGAAGCUGAGAAGAAGCUCAAGGAACGUGAGAAGAAAGCGAAGAAGGCAGCUGGUGGCUCUGGAACUGUUACAAAUCCCGAGGAACCAACAAACGAUGAUGUGGAGGUUGUUACCGAACAGAAGACCAAUGAUAAUGUGGAGGCGUCCACUCUUGCAAAGGUCCAAAAGGAGAGCGGUGUUAGGCCCAGGAGUCGAGUAAAAGCGCUGAAAAGCCCCCCUGACUCAAUCCCAAAGGCUAUUCUGAAGAGGAAAAGGUCUCAAAAUUACUGGUUAUGGAUUGCAUCUUGUGUUUUGCUAGUCCUGGCUGCAUUGGUGCUUGCAUUCAUCAUUCUUUCUUGA